AUGUCCCUGGCGACGACCACCCUCACACAGAGACGAACGAGCGAGCCACCCCCGGGACGAGUCCUCCCCUCACAAGACACAAACGGCGCAGGAACGGAGCAACAGAAAACAGUAUGGAAGCUACAAGGCGGAAGCAUAAUAGUGAGCUCCACGCCCGACGAAAACAGACGGCGUCUCCGCGCGCUCAUGUCGCGCGUGAAAUGGGCCACGAAGGAGAGCGAGACGCUAGCGGAGGCCUUCAACGCCUUCGAAGGAGUAGUGGUCGAUUGCCGCGUGCUCUGCGAGGCGGUCGUGGACUUUGAGGUCAAGAAGAGAGGCGGGAGUAGGAGUGCGAGCGGGGCCGCUGUGGUGGCGAUGGAGGGGGGUCGCGAGGUGCAGUUUAGCGAUUGGGUGGCAAAGGUGUUGGAACGAUCGCCGGGGUUGAUGGAGGUGAGGGAUUGGAGGGAUACGUUGGGGCGGUUGAUAGCGAGGUAUCGGGAGGCUCUUGAUGAGGAGGUGCCGGAGGUUGAUGUUUCUGAUUUGGAGUCGGAGGCGAGUUUCGCAUCGAGUAAUUCGGUGCCGCCCAAUCCAUCGCCCCAGGAGUGCCUUAAAACAGAAUACCGCGCCAUCCAGGAAGCAUGGUCUUACAUUCACAAACUGCUCACGUUUCGCGACGAAGAGUCUCCCAACGGCGUAACCCCUCAGGGACUGUCAGCCCAGUCGACCGGGAAGCGAUCGGAUGAGAACAGCGAGGAGGCGUCAAGUAAACCUUUGGCGGGCCUCCCUGGUGCGGCGCCGGAUAGAGUUAUCGUGCUGAGGAGUGUUGAACGACCAGCCAGCCAGGCCACCGUCAAAUCAGAGAAGCCCGUCACCCAAAGGUACGACAUAUCCACCCGAGGAGAUACCAUUCUCGAAUUCCCCAUAGCGCCAGACGACGCCUCGAACCCGACCAGCUCCUCCAACACCCACCGCCGCAAGGCCAGUUUCAGGGUAUCAUCCCACAUCCUCUCGGAGGUGUCACCAGUAUUCGCACAACUCUUCGGAAAAGUACCCCUAGGCGGCCGAAAACGAGACGAAGAUUUCCAGGGCCCCUACCCGCGAGUCAAGGGCCACGUCAAUAAGGACGGCCAGCAGAUCAGUGUCUACCGGAUGCCGCCCAUCAACGCGGUGGAGGUCAGGCCACUCGAAAUCCUCAUGCACGCGGCGCAUAUGCACAACGAUCAGGUCCCCCGCACGAUCGAUUUCCAGCGAUUCGUCACCAUCGCGGAUUUGUGCUUCAGGCUCCAAUGCACGUCGCCGCUGGAGGUGGUCGUCGAGAUGCGGUGGCUGCCGGACUGGGUGCACAUGGGGGGCGAGGCGAUGCCAGACGGUCUCUUGCUGAUAAGCUAUGUUUUUGGUAGCCGUGGACUGUUUACCCGGAUGACCAAGUCGGCGAUCCUGAAUAUUGUUAAUGAGGAGGAGUUGGAGGGGAAACACUGGCCGAAGGAGCUGAAGGAAAAGAUUUGGGCGGUGCGGAAUGCUAAGAUGGAGCAGGUUUACGCGUGCUGCGUCUCCACUGUUCAGGAAUAUCUGCGGCCUCCUACGCAGCCUAUGAUCAGCGAAACACCGUCAAACGACCCUUCUCGUCGCGCAUCCAUCUUUGAUGUUCCGGUGUCAUCUACCACAACUUCAUCUCCGGGAUCCUGGGGGUCCUCGUCAUCCCAAGGUGGACCGGGUGUUCCCCAGUUCCGGCCGUUUCGACCGUUUCUAUCGAGCUCGCCCCGUUGUCCCAAGGGUAGCCACGAGUGCGAUGGAGCCAAUCUCGGCUAUUUAAUGAUUGUCAUGUCGGAGCUCCAACUCCUUCCUCUAAUCAUGAACCCGACUGCGCUAGCACACAUGUCCGACCCUAGAUCAAAACAGGGACCAAUGCUCCCGCGCAGGAGCUUGGCUGAGCUAGUUCGGGUCAUGCAGAACAUACCGAGCCCGCCCAACCCGGUUCACAAGGGCGUGUGCGACCCCAUACCGGCUUUCCGGGCCGCCGUUAUCGAUAUCUACAAUAGUCUUUCGGGCUUGACGCUGUUUGAUGUUACGGGAAAGCAUGGCUACGUUUUGUCUCGGGAAUACGCCACGGAACCGCAGAAGGGUUAUUUGCCCGUCUCUGUGGCUGAGGCGCCGCAGCCUUCUAGAGCAGGAUCAGAAUCGCGGAACGUCCCGGAGAGAGUGGUGUUGGGGAUUCUACGCCAUUUGAGCGUCGUGAGAGAUAUCAGCGCCCUCGCCAUGGCGAACAAGACCUUUUACGCGACGUAUAAGAAGCACGAAUCGAUCCUUCUUAACCAGCUAGACAACAAAAAGGUGGAGAACAAGAAGGCGGAUAAUAGGAACGUCACACUCGGGCCGUCGUUGCCGCUCGAGGACAUCCUCACCGAAGAGGAAGCGCGAAGAAUCAUAUGGCCGGACUCUCCGUUGCCGGAACCUGAACCGGACGUCGAGCUGUCUGAUAUCAAGGGGAAGAACCCGAUCGUUGUGAUGGCGCCGUCGAAUGGAAGAGCUCCGCUACCGGAGGGUUCAAGGGAGAAGUUUAGGGCGGAAGAUGCGCUGUUUACGGAGGAGAAGAUGCUCUGUGUGAUGGAUACGAAGCAGUUGACCAUUGAGCAUGAUAACUAUGUGGGGAUGCACAAGGAGCAGAAGAUGGAUGAGCAAGUUCAAGUCUGGAUCUAG